AUGAAUUCAAAGAGGCAAAGGCGCCCAAAUGUUAGGUUAGGGGAAAUAGGAGAUGUCUCGGCUGCUUUUGCUUGUGGUUUUCCUCAGAAAACUAGGGCAAAUUUGGGGGAGAAGAGGUGGAAACAUGAUUUUCUGAUUCAUGAAGAAUCAGAAUACAAUCCAAUUUGUGGGUUUUCUCUGCAAAAUCCAUCCAAAGUCACAGUUUCAAAUCCUGGUGUCCCUCAAAUGAUUUCAACCGAUAUGCAACAUAAUAACAGAGAGAAUAAUAACCCAAACUCUUUGAAACCGGUUCUUGAAUUUGUCAGUUCGGAUAAAAUUGGUGCUUGUAAGUCAAAUCUGGAUUUCGGAACCAUAACCCGAAAGUGUAGGGUAAUGAAGCGACGAAGGCGGUUCAUUGGUGGUUCGAGUUCUACAUUUAGUCCUGAAAUCAGUAGUGGAGAUGGAAAAGAGUGUGGAGAGAAGGAGGUUUUUGGGGUCACAUCAAACGGUUCCUGGGAUAUUUACCAUGGUAGCGGUUUUAAGGACUCUUCAAGUCGUGAAACUUCGGCCACGAGUAAGGAAGCUUGUGAAAAUGAUACUGAUGAACCGAUGCAAAGGAAUUCAAAUGGAUUUUGGAAGGAGGGUUCUUGUUCGGAAGGCAAUAACACAUUUCCCCAAUCUUUUUGUGGAUGUGAGAAGAUGAAUAUUGUUAGUUAUAAUGUAAAUAGUGUUGAGAAAUGGUUGGAAGAGCAGGGGUUUGGUAAGUAUGCUGGCGUAUUUGAAAUACAUGAGGUGGAUGAAGAAGCUUUGCCUUUACUUACUCUUGAAGAUCUCAAGGAGAUGGGCGUGCUCGCUGUUGGGCCUCGGCGGAAAUUGUACAAUGCAAUUCAAAGGCUAAGGGAAGGUGGAGAAGAGGUUUCUGUAUGA